UCUGGAUCCUCCUUAGCCUAGGUGUCAAACUCUCCCUAGUGCCUAUUCUAUUGUACCACAGCCACCUGCCAGGCCUCUGAGCUCUCUUCCAAUUUUAAUGUGCCUAAAGUCAAAGAACUUAGAGCAUGGAAAGAAAGCUGCUCCCCAUCUCCAAAGAAUUCCUUACUUUCCUGACCCAUCUCUUUUCUUUCUCUUCACAGAGACCCCCCCGGCCGCCCUUCCUCUUUCUCUGUUCCUGUGGCUGGGGGGGGGUGCCCCCUUCCCUAUGUUCUUCCUCACAAUGGAGCCAUCCCCACUUUCUCCCCAGGGGGCCCCACUACCCCUGCCUAUGUCGCUGGCACCUCCCCCCCUGCCACUGCCAGCAGCAGCUGUGGUGCAUGUGUCCUUCCCUGAAGUGACCAGUGCUUUGCUAGAGUCACUCAACCAGCAGCGGCUACAAGGGCAGCUUUGUGAUGUGUCGAUCCGAGUGCAGGGCCGUGAAUUCCGGGCUCACCGGGCUGUCCUGGCUGCUUCUUCCCCUUACUUCCAUGACCAAGUCUUGCUCAAAGGCAUGACCUCAAUCUCACUGCCCAGCGUCAUGGACCCUGGGGCCUUUGAGACAGUUCUAGCCUCUGCUUAUACAGGUCGGCUUAGUAUGGCUGCUGCAGACAUUGUCAACUUCCUCACUGUUGGCUCAGUGCUCCAGAUGUGGCAUAUUGUGGACAAGUGCACAGAGCUCCUUCGAGAGGGCCGGGCCUCUGCAGCUACCACCACCAUGGCCACUACAGCAGCUGUUGCCUCUGGGGCAGGAGGCCCAACCGGAGUUGGGGGAACAGGACCGGCUACCACAGUCACAGGCUCUGGCCGUCCCCAUUCAACCAGCAGGGCUAGUGAGAAUCAAUCCCCUAGCAGCAGCAACUACUUCAGCCCCCGAGACUCUGGUGAUUUCUCAUCUUCCUCUCAUGAUGCAUAUUCGGCUUCUUCUAUGGGGGGAGGAGAAAGACGGAGUGGGGGAGGCCCUCUGUUCUCCUCUUCCAUCGUGGGCAGUGGGGGUGGUGCUUCUGGGAAGCUGCUAUUAGAGGCAGAUGAGCUUAGUGAUGAUGGAGGGGAUGGAGUUGGGGUGGUGGUUCCUGGGGCUGGGCUACGGCGCCCCACUUAUGUACCCCCCAGCAUUAUGCCUCAGAAACACUGGGUAUAUGUUAAAAGAGGGGGAGGCUGCCCUGCCCCAGCUCCUCUUGCCCCUCAAGAUCCAGAUUUGGAGGAAGAGGAUGAAGAAGAAGACCUGGUACUAACCUGUGAGGAUGAUGAGGAUGAAGAUCUAGGUGGACCAGCAGGGGGUCCACCAGGUGGGAGUUCUGACCCUGGCCUAAGUAUUUCUGAUGUACGGACACUGACUGGCCCCCCAGACAAGGGUGAGGAACAAGUGAAUUUUUGUGAAUCAUCAGAAGACUUUGGCCCUUAUGAGUCUGGGACAGCUGGGGCAGGCCUGGAUGACCCCGGAGGGCCAGCCCCUUCUUCCUUUGCCUCCCACCAACCCCGCCCCUUGAUGCCCUUGGACAUGCAGGGCAACCAACUCUUAGUCUUUCCCUCCUCCUCUCAAGCUUCAGCCCAGCCCCCAGGAAGCCAGGCUGAACAUGGAGCUGUGACCAUGACAGGGUCAGGAGGGGGCAACUUGGGAGUGUCUGGAAGUGGUGGGGGGAGUUCUGGGGGAAGUGGUGGGGGAGAUGGGAACAAGAUCUUUCUCUGUCACUGUGGGAAAGCUUUCUCUCACAAGAGCAUGCGUGAUAGACAUGUCAAUAUGCAUCUGAACCUUCGCCCUUUUGACUGUCCCGUAUGUAACAAAAAAUUCAAGAUGAAACACCACCUGACGGAGCAUAUGAAGACCCACACAGGCCUCAAGCCUUAUGAAUGUGGAGUGUGUGGGAAGAAAUUCAUGUGGAGGGACAGCUUCAUGCGCCACCGAGGCCACUGUGAACGGAGGCAUCGCCUGGGGGGAGGGGGGGCCCCAGGGACUACAGGGCUACCCAAGAGAGAGCCUCCUGGGGGGGGCAGUGGAGAUGAGGUAGGAGGGACCACUUCUCCCCCCAGCAGGACAGUCUGGUCCCCACAGGGAGCACACAAGGUGGAGAUGGGUUUCAAUGGUAGUGGAGGUGGACAUUAGGAACUAUUCCCUCAUGACUGGAUCCAAAAGCUGGAGAAAGCAGUUGCUGAAUAACUCCCACAAUCCUCCCUUGUUUGAUGGAUACCCCUGGAAAGGAGGAGCAGGGGCAUGAGCCAAGGACUUGAUUCCUCCAAAAUCCUUGGUUUAAGGAGAAAGGAGAUAUGAGACUAUAUCAUAUACCCUCUCCUCCAUGGAUUUGUAUAUAAAGAGGGAAAUUCAUGACAAUUCUUCCCUUCCUCCUCCCCCAUUAACCCCAUUCCAUUCCCCAACAUAUGAGAAAAUCUGAAACUGAGCCCUCUACUUUCCCCUUCACUAGUGGGAACAGGUAGCUAACACUUAAGACCCAGCCCUUCAGGUUAUCAGGUACCUGGAGAAGGGGUUGGUUAGUGGUGUGUCUAGAAUCCUCAAGGAUUCCAGGACAGGUGGUCUCAUUUGUAGUUUGUACUUGGAGUCUGUGUGUGUGUACCACUGUGGUGACUAGGCCUGCCACUCAUUCCUUCUUUCCCGGACACUGCCCCCCCCCCACUUUGACAGAAGAGUUAAACCUAUAUCCAUUUCUUCCCAUCCAGCACCAAUCCCUGCAGUGAGUCCCCAGAGGG